GAUGCCGCAGAGCUCCCCCAGCGCCGCCGCCACCGCCUCCGACAUGGACAAGAACAGCGGCUCCAACAGCUCCUCCGCCUCCUCGGGCAGCAGCAAAGGGCAGCAGCCGCCCCGCUCCGCCUCGGCGGGGCCGGCCGGCGAGUCUAAACCCAAGAGCGAUGGAAAGAACUCAAACGGAUCCAAGCGUUACAAUCGCAAGCGUGAAUCUUCCUACCCCAAAAAUGAAAAUUUUAGCAACCAGUCCCGUCGCUCCAAUUCACAGAAAAGCAAAACUUUUAACAAGAUGCCUCCUCAGAGGGGCGGUGGCAGCAGCAAACCCUUUAGCUCUUCUUCUAAUGGUGGAAGACGAGAUGAGGUAGCAGAGGCUCAGCGGGCAGAGUUUAGCCCUGCCCAGUUCUCUGGCCCUAAGAAGAUCAACCUGAACCACUUGUUGAAUUUCACCUUUGAACCCCGUGGCCAAGGAGGUCACUUUGAAGGCAGUGGACAUGGCAGCUGGGGAAAAAGAAACAAGUGGGGACACAAACCUUUUAACAAGGAACUUUUUUUACAGGCCAACUGCCAGUUUGUGGUGUCUGCAGACCAGGACUACACAGCUCAUUUUGCUGACCCUGACACCUUAGUGAACUGGGACUUUGUGGAACAAGUGCGCAUCUGUAGCCAUGAAGUGCCAUCUUGCCCAAUAUGCCUCUAUCCACCUACUGCAGCCAAGAUAACCCGCUGCGGACACAUUUUCUGCUGGGCAUGCAUCCUGCACUACCUGUCCCUCAGUGAGAAGACCUGGAGUAAAUGUCCCAUCUGCUACAGCUCUGUGCACAAGAAGGAUCUCAAGAGUGUUGUUGCCACAGAAUCACGCCAGUAUGUUGUGGGGGACACCAUUACAAUGCAGCUGAUGAAGAGAGAGAAAGGAGUGUUGGUGGCCUUGCCUAAAUCCAAGUGGAUGAAUGUAGACCAUCCGAUUCAUCUAGGAGAUGAACAGCACAGCCAGUACUCCAAGUUGCUGCUGGCCUCUAAGGAGCAGGUGCUGCACCGAGUAGUUCUGGAGGAGAAAGUCGCGUUAGAGCAGCAGCUUGCAGAGGAGAAGCACACUCCUGAGUCCUGCUUUAUUGAGGCCGCUCUCCAGGAGGUUAAGAUGCGGGAAGAGGCUCUGUCUGGAGUGGCUGGAGGCGGAGAGGAGGAGGUCACUGGUGUCGUGGCUGCUCUGGAACAACUGGUGCUGAUGGCUCCCCUGGCGAAGGAGUCCGUUUUCCAACCCAGGAGGGGGGUGCUAGAGUACCUGUCUGCUUGGGAUGAAGAAGCUGCAGAAGUUCGUUCUCUGGACUCCCCUCGUCCUCUCGCUCUCCCUUUGGUAGAAGAAGAGGAAGCAGUGUCUGAGCCCGAACCUGAGGGGCUGCCAGAAGCCUGUGAGAUGGCAGAGGCAGCAGAUGCCAGUCUUGGCGAGGGGACCAUUUGUACUGAGUCAAGCCAGGAGGAGCGCCUCACGAAGCCAGGCUUCCCCCAGCUAAACAGCUCUCCCUGUUACUACUUCUACCAAGCGGAGGACGGACAACACAUGUUCCUGCACCCCGUCAAUGUGCGCUGCCUGGUGCGCGAGUACGGCAGCCUGGAGCAGAGCCCAGAGAAGAUCUCAGCAACCGUGGUAGAGAUUGCCGGCUACUCCAUGUCUGAGGACGUUCGACAGCGCCAUAGGUAUCUCUCUCACUUGCCACUCACCUGUGAGUUCAGCAUCUGUGAACUGGCUCUGCAGCCUCCUGUGGUCUCGAAGGAAACCCUGGAGAUGUUCUCAGAUGACAUUGAGAAAAGGAAGCGGCAGCGCCAAAAGAAGGCUCGAGAGGAGCGUCGCCGGGAGCGCAGGAUUGAGAUGGAGGAGAACCAGAGACAGGGCAGGUAUCCUGAAGUCCACAUUCCCCUAGAGAACCUUCAGCAGUUUCCUGCCUUCAAUUCCUAUACCUGCUCCCCUGAUUCUGCUUUGGGUCCCACCAGCACUGAGGGCCAUGGGGCCCUCUCCCUUUCUCCUCUUAGCAGAAGUCCAGGUUCUCAUGCAGACUUUCUGCUGACCCCUUUGUCACCCACUGCGAGUCAGGGCAGUCCUUCCUUCUGCGUUGGGAGUCUGGAAGAAGACUCUCCCUUCCUUUCCUUUGCCCAGAUGCUGAGGGUUGGGAAAGCAAAAGCAGACGUGUGGCCCAAAACUGCUCCAAAGAAAGACGAGAAUAGCUUGGUUCCUCCUGCCCCUGUGGACAGCGAUGGAGAGAGUGACAACUCUGACCGUGUUCCUGUGCCCAGUUUCCAAAAUUCCUUCAGCCAAGCUAUUGAAGCAGCCUUCAUGAAAUUGGACACACCAGCUACUUCAGACCCCCUCUCUGAAGACAGAGGAGGAAAGAAACGGAAGAAGCAGAAACAGAAGCUCCUGUUCAGCACCUCGGUCGUCCACACCAAGUGACACUACUCGCCCAGGCACCGCCUCCUCCAUCUGGUUUCUUUCCUCGGCUUUUGUUUUGCUGCUGUAAUUUUUAAGUAUUUGAGUUUGAACAGAUUGAUUAGCUUGGGGCAGGGGGGAGGGGGUUUCCACAAUGUGAGGGGGAACCAAGAAAAUUUUAAAUACAGUGUAUUUUCCAGCUUCCCGUCUUUACACCAAAAUAAAGUAUUGACAGUCACAAGAGA